GCCGGUCGCGGCGCGUCACUAUAAUGUGGUUAGUCAGUGAGCGCCGGGGUCGUCCCGACGGCGAGAGCGAGGACUUGAGGAGCGUAGGAGAGCGCUGUCCGCUCAGCAGCCGCGCCGGCCACAGCACGGUGGAGUUCAAGAGCGCGGCGUGCGCGGGGGCUGGCGAGCCACCCGCGCCGCCUCUCGCAGCCCUGCCGGACCCGCAACAGUUCAACAUCUUCCCGGCUUUCUUCAGCCGACAGCUCAACUUCACGGGCGGAGGAGGGUGUGGGCAAGGCUCCAAAAUCAUGGAAGAGCUGAGGCCGAACCUGGUUGGAGGGCUGCUUGGAGUCCCAGGGUUGCUGGAUGAGCAUCAGUCUGACGCGAAGUUCUUGCCGUCUGGUGGAGAAAGUAAAUACACUCCGGAUAAAGGCAGGAAGUGCAGCAACGCGUCGUCGUCGUCGGCUGAGGAGUUUGGUGGGCUGUACGGUGGCGAUCAUGCUGCGACGCCCCCGGCACCACCACUCAGCCGUUCCUUACAAGAUCACUCAGCGGAAGGUGCUUUCAAAAAGUUAAAACCAGAGCCCGGCGGGAACAACACGGGGUCGGGAGCGUCAGCACUGUCCCCGGCCCUGGGCCCCCAGCACGCGGGGCACACCCCCACCACCGCGUCCUGUCCCACGCCGGCGAGGAGGAGACAUAGGACGACCUUCACUCAGGAACAAUUAGCAGAAUUAGAAGCAGCGUUCGCGAAGUCCCACUACCCAGACAUCUAUUGCAGGGAGGAGCUCGCGAGGACCACCAAACUCAAUGAAGCGAGGAUACAGGUGUGGUUUCAAAACCGGCGAGCAAAGUACCGCAAGCAAGAGAAGCAGCUGCAAAAAGCCUUAGCACCGUCCGUGUUGCCUGGCUGCAAUGGCAUGAUGAGGAACAUCCAAGGCUACCGAGGCUACCAGCCAUACCCGCAUCCUAACACCAUCAACCGGUAUCCGCAGCACCACGGCAGUUACGAGGAGCUUCAGAAGGAUAUCUUCUCGCUGUCCCAGAUGGGGGGCGGCUCGUACCCCAUGCCCCAGGGCUUCUCCAUGGGGCACUCCGCCAACAUGAGCGCCGUGGGCAUGAGGCAGGACACCAUGGGCAUGAGCGCCGAGGACGAGUGGUAUAAUAAGUCCCUCUCUGCUCUCCGGAUGAACAGUGGUCACCACGCGAACCUAGCUGCAGCCCCAAUGCUGCAAUACCAGACCUAAUCGCUGCUGCAUGGCGCCGACUACUCCCCGGCGCCUGCGCAUGACUACGCAUCACCAUAGUCAGCGAGCAAUGGAUAAUAUUAUUAUGUUAUAUGCGACAUUCUUGAAAUUCUAUUGCGCGUAUAAUAAAGGACGUAUGUGGUGGUUUUGUGUGUGGAUAAAAGGACAGUGGAAGCGUGUCUUAUUUUGGGAGAAAAAAUAUAUUUAUCAAAACGGAAACAAUGAACAUAUCGCACUUAAUAGCACUUUAGGCGAUCAAUUUGUGGAAUUUUAUAACGAAAUCUGAAAAGAAUUAAUUUACUUUGUUGGUAUUAAUGCAUUUUUAUUGUUUUCAACGAUAUAAAUUGUGUAGUGGAAAUCUAAAUUUCACCUCAAAAUUAAAUCUUAUGCAGUGAGCUGACAACUACACAAGUGCAUCCAUUUCUUAUUUCUUCCCUAGGUAAAAUUAAAUCAUCACAUUUUUGUAAUUUUAAAACAGUUCCUAUGGCAUCGAUGUGCGAUUAAUUUGGAUGUCUUUAAAUAAAUGUAUUUUUUGAAUUUCAUAAAAUGAUUAAAUAAUUUCACAAAAUAAUUGUCAUCAAAAUAAAAAAAAAAUAUUACGAUAAAAAUGUAUGUACAUAAAAGCGCAUUAUUUCAGAACUUAUUCUUUAUUAAAGUUUAAAAAAAAAUCAAACGAGAUGUUUAAUAAAUAGUUAUAUAUAGGGACAAAUAGUGUUUUAUUUAUUAAGUAAUAUUUGUUUCAAGAUACGGAUAUUGUGUAUGCUAGUCAUAUUGUACAGUUAUUUUAAAUCAAUCUACUAAUAAGAACAAAUUCACAUCUGUGGAUUUCUUGAUUGUUGUAUUGAUUGAUUGAUUGAUUGAUUGAUUGAUUGAUUGAUUGAUUGAUUGAUUGAUUGAUAUUUAUGUAUUUCUAAAUAAUUCAUUGACACCUACUGAAUUUGAAUUUUAUUAAGUUUAAUUUAAUAAUUAAUUUUGUGCUGUAUAAUUGAAAAUCCUGUAGGUGUCAAUUUUGGACUAAUUUGCGAAACAAACUCUGUAAAUACUCGUUUUGCAUGAUAAAAGAUAAAUUAAGGUGUUAACAGCUCAACGAUGUGUAAUAUUAACUAUCAAUUAGUGUAAUAUUAAGAGGCCAUUUCACGUAAUAUAACAAAUAUACCGAAGACGAAUCUAGUCAAUCGAGUUUCCUACAAUUAUGUCAUUACAUUAUAAAUAAAAUCUCAGUAUAGUCUAAUAGAAUAACUCAAAAUGCUUCAUCAUGCGUUCAAUCUAAAUCAUUAUAUUUAUUUAAUAAUAUAUGUGCUUUCUACAAUCUACACAAUAAACAAUACGAAUAUUAUAUGUUAUUUAUUAUAUUAAUAUACUACUAAAGCUUUUUAUCCUAUGUGUUUUGAGAAAAUAUUCACUAGUGCUGGUUGAUACAGUAAGUGAUUUAGAUUAAGUGAGUGAUGAACAUGGAAUAUUAUGGUUUGGAUUUUGUAAGAUAUAUACAAAGCCAUAUCAAUUAAGACUGUUUCGGAGAUCUCGCCAUAUGGCCAUCCUGUGCAUUUAAUGUAAAUAUAAUAUAAGGAACUUGUCUAAAUAUGAACAUGUGUAAAAUGAAAUAAAUUGUC